UACGUAUCUGCUAGGUUCUGGUCUUCAGAUGAACCAGGAGGAAGCACUGAGAGGUGUCAGUUUGGAGGCUCUCAGUCACAUCAUGCAGUCUUCCUGUCAUCCGAGCAGCUCCCAGUUCAACCUUCUUGCUGAGGGGUUUGGCACCAACCCUGGCUACCAGAGCCCCUGUACCAUCCAGACCUAUAACAAUGUGCAGGAGAAGACAGAGGAGCCUGUAGCAGAGGCUGUUUACUCUGAUGAUGACGAGCGUAGCACUGCCAAUGACAUCGGAGUUCUCUGUUCUGUCUGCAAGAUGAGUUUCCGCAACACUUCUGAGCUCUUGAGCCACAGGCGGUCUGUACAUCGGGGGCAGAUCAGCUGUGAAUUUUGCGGUAAAAACUUUGCCAACACACACAAUCUAAAAAUUCACUCAUUUUCCCAUACAGGAGACACAAGAUCAAAAUCAUUUUGUAAUUCUUGUGGAAAGGGAUUUGUUUAA